CAAUGCCGAAUAGGAUACAGGAACGCAAGUCGGCUUCAGAAAAAAAAAGGAAAGAAAUCUUCAUGAGCGUCGCGAAUCCUGCACGGAUCCGACCUGCGAGGCUGCCACCCCCUUCCUUACCGCAACCCUCCCCAUCGAACUCGACUGAGAGCCCGUGCCGAUCCGUGCAGACCACCCGCCGCAGUCUAUAUAUGGCAACACGCCGCGCGAGACAUCCACCCGCAUCCAGUCCCCUGCACAAACACACGCCCCGCUGCGUGCCGCAAGAAGCCAAGAAACGCGAGAAGAGGCGGCGAUAGAACUCAAGACGAGGCGGCCGAUGGCGGUGCCGGACGAGGCGCCCGGCGGCAGAGGCGGCACCGGCGCCGUGGCCGAGCGGCCGGUGAUGAGGAAAUCGGCGUGGAGUAAGGACGAGGACGCGGUGCUGCGGGAGCAGGUGCGGCUGCACGGCGCGCAGAACUGGGUGAGCAUCAGCGCCGGGCUGCCCGGGCGCAACGCCAAGUCGUGCCGCCUCCGGUGGUGCCAGCACCUGGCCCCCGGCGUUGACGACGCCAAGCCCUUCACGCCCCAGGAGGACCGGGCGAUCAUCGAGCUCCAGCUCCUGCACCCCAACAAGUGGUCCACCAUCGCGGGCUUCCUCCCGGGCCGCACCGACAACUCCGUCAAGAACCGCUGGAACUCCGUCCUCCGCAAGCAGCAGCCGCAGGCGGCUCCCGCAAGCCGCGAGGACGGGACGCUCCUGCCGUUUCCUCUGACGCCCGGGGAUGUCAGGAAGAGGGGCAGAGACAGCCCGGUGCUCCACUACUGCCCGCCCGAGGAGACCGGCGACACGGGGAUUAAUCAGAGCGGCGCGUGUCUGGAGCUGUUCCCGCUGGCGCCUGGGGAUCUCAUCAAGGGCAACAGUGCGAGCGACGUGGCGGCGAUGGAUGUGGAUUACGGCGCCGGAGAUCCGCUCACCGAGCUGAGGCUCUGGCCGUCCACGACCACGACGAUGGCGGCGUUCAAGGCGAUGGUGCAGGCUGUUCGGGCGCCCUAGAUUUUGCAGUCUCGCCUUGAUUUUUGUUGUUCUUUGAUUUGUUGCACGUUCUUGAUUCUGAAUUCUAACGGAUUUCCUUGACCAACUGAACUUACAACGGAAGGUAGUGGGUAGUAAUCUAGAAAGCAAGAAAGGUUUGGAAUUCUUGUAGUUUUGUGAAAUUUUAGUUAUAAGAUCGCAUUAGGGUAAUUGUAAGGUAGAAAUUCUCAAAGAAGUACGUGUAUGCCCUGUCCAAACU